AUGCUGAUUUUGGCUGGCAAGUAUUCAGGUUUGUCUGCUGCUCUACCAGCUCUAUUGGACUUUGGAAGAAAAGAUAACAGUGCCCCUCCGCAGACUGCAGGUAAACAUAGUAUCAUGAUAGACAAGCCUCUUGGGAAUCCUUUCAUAAUGAAGAAAGUUGAAAGCAGUGUUGACGCAAUCGAAACAGCUCCUGAUGGCAUGUUUAAAAGAGCAGCUUGUUUAGAAGUGAAUCCGAACGACAGGAUGUCCACCGACGAGAAUGUCGUGAUAGUGUUCGACGAGAACGAGAUGGUGCACGCGAUAACAAAGUAG